GCCUACUAUAUACAAUAGAGCUUCCCAUUUUAGCUGUGGGUUUCCUUGGAAAGUUUCUUGAAUUAGUUAUCUCAUGUUCUAUCACAAACACGCAAUUUAUCACUCGCUUAGUCUAUUUUAGUCAUCUGUUCUUGUUGUUAUGUCAGUUGCCACUAACGGAGUGGCGAAUCCAAAGGUUGGAGCUCAGGCAGAAGACGUAGCAGAAAUUACAAGCCAAAGUGACGACAACAUGAUUAGAGUUAGACGAGGAAACAACGUUCGGGCUUAUGUGACCGUGGUAGUGUUAUUUAUCAUCAAUCUCUUGAAUUAUAUGGACCGACAAACUGUAGCAGGCCUUCUAAAUCGCAUCCAAGCAUAUUUUGGAAUACAAGACAAUAAUUCAGCAGCUGGCCUGCUCCAAACUGUCUUCAUCUGUAGCUAUAUGAUUCUUGCACCAGUGUUUGGUUACCUUGGAGACCGCUACAGGAGGAAGUAUCUUAUGGCAGCUGGAAUACUUGUUUGGUCAGCAACUGUUUUUGCUAGCACUUUGCUGAGCAAAGAUUCUUUUUGGUGGUUCCUUGUCCUAAGAGGUGUAGUUGGAAUAGGAGAGGCAAGUUAUUCUACAAUAGCACCCACUGUCAUAGCUGAUCUUUUCACUGGAGAUAUGAGAACUAGGAUGUUGUCUUUCUUCUAUUUUGCUAUUCCUGUGGGGAGUGGACUUGGUUACAUAGUUGGAACUGAAGUUGCCGCUGUAUUUGACCAUCAGUGGCAAUGGGGACUACGUGUGACCCCUAUCAUUGGUGCAGUAUGCGUUCUCAUGUGCAUCUUUGUAGUUCAUGAGCCAAAACGAGGUGCCAUUGAAAGAGGAGAAAACCCACACAGUGUCUCAGCUUGUGAUGUACACAACACAACCAGCUGGUGGGCAGACCUUAAGUAUCUUACAACUGUGAAAAGUUUUAUUUGGCUGAAUCUGGGAUUUACUUGUGUCUCAUUUGUGACUGGCGCCUUGGCAUUUUGGGCACCAAAAUUCUUACUGUACGCAACAAAAGCACAAGGAAUUUCAGUAACAGAAUCAGAAGUUAGCCUAAAGGUUGGGAUUAUUACCUGUGUUGCUGGUAUUGUAGGAGUUUGGCUUGGUGCAGAGAUUGCUUGGCGGUAUAGAACACGGAAUAGAAAAGCUGAUGCUUUAGUAUGUGCUGUUGCACUAAUUGGGUCAGCACCUUUCCUCUAUGGUUGUCUUGUACUAGCAUCUAAAAACAUCAAAGUGACAUAUGCCCUUGUAUUCUUCGGUGAAGUGUUACUUUUCAUGAACUGGGCACCAGUAGGAGACAUGGUUUUGUAUUUAAUAAUCCCCUCACGUCGAUCCACUGCUGAAGCUGUUCAAAUUCUCGUUUCUCACUUAUUUGGUGAUGCAGGCAGCCCAUGGCUUGUUGGAGAGAUUUCUGAUCGUAUCAGAGGUGAAGGGAAUAGUGACAAGGAUCAUGCACAAAGCAUGGAAUAUUCUCUUUUGAUGUCAACCUUUAUUAGUGUUAUAGGAGGAUUUUGUUUCAUAAUGUGCUCAAUUUAUCUUGUCAAUGAUCGGGAAAAAGCGGAGCAGUUUACAAGAAAUGAAGAUGAUGAUACAAGUUCACUGUUAGAUACAGUCCCUUCAGACAACUUUUUUCAAGCUGGUUGUGAAAAUGGAGCUGUGGACAGUUACAGUGUUGAUGAUAAUGAAGAUGAACUGUUGGAUGUUGAUCCAGUCUCACCUGCAAUGUCUGAAAGAGAAGCAUUGGUUGUUCCAGUGGAUGUGCAGGGAACACCACCAACAGCUGAUGAAGAACAAAACAGCCAAGUUGUCUGAUUUAGUAUUUAAGGUGAAUUUGUUCCAAUAAUAUAUAAUUUGUAUUUUGUUUGAAGAAUGGUUGAAAGUGUCAUUUCUCUUAGCAAUGUUUCUGAUUUCUAUUUUCCUCCUAAUAUUGUGGGGCAUCAGGGGCAUCAAAAAUUGUUGGCUCCUUGUGAAUGUUUUACAUUCUGCUCAUGUAUGAGCACAAAGACAAUACAUGAGGAGUUUGGGAAAAAUUAUAGCUCUUCCAAGAUGAGAAAAACAAGCAGUUACUCAGAGUGGUUAUCCACAAUCCAAAUUUUAAGGCAUUUUCCUCAUUUUGUUAAUUAAAAAAAAUUAUUUUCAGCAAGAAAACAACACUUGCUGUGCUUAAGAAAAACAAUUUUGGGGGACGGGGGAGAUAGUCCUACAGACAUUUCCUUAUAUACAAUGUUGAAUUGUUGUUACAAAAAGCUUAUUAUGGGUUGUUUUGGUUGAGAUGUUUGGGGUUUAUCACUGACAUCAACAACAUUUUUGUGUCCAUUCAUGCAUUAUAAUAUAGAAAUUUUUAUGAAUAAUCCUCAGUUAGGAUGAGGAAGGGGGGGGGCAGACUAUACAGUUAGUUAUAAUACCUCUGGCUUCAAAGAGAGUGGGGGAAAUUUUUAAUGAAAAUAAAACUUUUGAAUUUAGCAGGCUGAAUAGUAAAAUGCAGCCCACCAAUUUGACCAAUCAUAAUAGCCCAUUUCCGAAUUAUCCUUGGCCUCUUUUUCAAAGCGAGGCCUGGUGCUCAACCAUUUUUGUGAAAAUG